CACGUAGACCGCGUCCACCCACCGCGGCGGCUCGAAGCCUCCCUCCGCUGCAACCACCGCGCGUCGAGGCGUCGUCUCCUUUUUCUUCGGCUCGACGAGGUGGGGAGGAGAUGAGAGAGGCCACGCGCGCGCACGAGAUCGAUCUCCAGCAAGGUCUUGCACAACUGCGGCAAGAUGGGCCUCACUUUCACGAAGCUUUUCAGCCGCCUCUUCUCCAAGAAGGAGAUGAGGAUCCUCAUGGUCGGUCUCGACGCAGCUGGUAAAACCACAAUUCUCUACAAGCUCAAGCUUGGAGAGAUUGUCACCACCAUUCCAACAAUAGGGUUUAAUGUGGAGACUGUUGAAUACAAGAACAUUAGCUUCACUGUCUGGGAUGUCGGGGGUCAAGACAAGAUCAGACCUUUGUGGAGGCACUAUUUCCAGAACACUCAAGGUCUCAUCUUUGUUGUUGAUAGCAACGACAGAGAUCGUGUGGUUGAGGCAAGGGAUGAACUCCACAGGAUGCUUAAUGAGGAUGAGUUGAGGGAUGCGGUGUUGCUGGUUUUUGCUAACAAGCAAGAUCUUCCUAAUGCAAUGAAUGCUGCUGAGAUCACAGAUAAGCUUGGUCUCCAUUCCCUGCGCCAACGCCACUGGUAUAUCCAGAGUACAUGCGCCACAACAGGAGAGGGUUUAUAUGAGGGCCUUGACUGGCUCUCGAGCAACAUUGCAAACAAGGCCUGAUUGGAUGACCAGAAUACCACAUUACAUAGCAGUUGCAUUUUCUGGAGAACGGAGGAGAUGGUCAUUUUGAUACUGAGAUUUGGAUUAUUAUUUCACUGGAGUGUUCGUUGAAUAUAUUGUAUUUCUUCGUUAGGCUUUUCAGAUCUGGUUUGUUAUGUUACCUAGCUACUCUCUACAACCCCUUCCGGUAUUAUUAAGAGACUAAUUGUCAGCUUGAACUAUAUCAUAUAUUCAUAUACGAUAUACCCGAGUAAUGCAGUUCUUUUCCUCAA